UAUUUUACAUUCGGCUAUUAUCGUAAACACGUGUGGAAGUUUAUAAAAUAAUCCGGGAAAAUAAACAAAAUUAUGAAUAAUAAUCUGUUCGAGGGAUCCGACGACGAUGGGGAGGACCUGCAGUUGUCCACCAACAAGGACUAUGCCAAGACCUACAACAUCCUGCGCAAAAAGGAGCUGCUACAGAAAUAUAAAGAUCGUGGCUUGGAUGUAUCCGAGUCGGAAUUCGAUAGCGAUAGCUCGUCCUCCGAGGAGGACGAGGUGGACCCCAAAUUCGACCAGGACUUCUUCAAGACACUUUCCUCGCUGAAGAGUAAAGAUCCACGGAUUUACGACAAGGACGCGAAAUUCUUUAAUGAAUCCUCCAGCGAUGAAGGGGAUAAGGAUGAGGAAUCCCUAAAGAAAAAGAAGAAAACCAAGCCGGUCACAUUGAAGGACUACGAAAGAAAGGUGAUCCUCGAGCACAAUGGCAAGUUCGAGAGUUCGGAUGAGGAGCAGCAGGAGAAGGAGCAGGAGGAGUUCCAGAGGGCCCAGUCACCCACUGCCGUGGAGGAGGAGAGGCGUCUUAAGGCCGAGUUCCGGAGUGUGAUGAACCAGGAGGACGAUGGCGAGGAUGAGGAGUUUGGCGGUAUCUUUAAGAAGCGCAGCAAGACCAAGGAGCAAACGGCUGCCGAGGAGGCGGACUUUGCCAAGUGGCUGGCGGGAAAGCAGGAGGAGAUUGAGCAAACCGACAAGGAGCAGUUGGAGCCCCUGAAGCAGUACUGGAACAGCAGUAAGCUGACGCAGGGCGAGAGUUUUCUCAGGGACUAUAUCCUGAACAAGGGCUAUGCCAACACGGAUGCGUCCGCCAUUCCCACCUACGAUGAGAUCGUUGGCGAAACUGCACCACUUUCCGAGGACGAGCAGGAACUGGAGAAGCAGGCCGAGUUUGAACACAAGUACAAUUUCCGCUUUGAAGAACCGGAUGCGGACUUUAUCAAGCGCUAUCCACGCACCAUUGAACAAUCCAUUCGUCGCACGGAUGACAAGAGGAAAGAAAAACGCAAGGAGCUAAAGGAUCGCAAGGAUCAGGAGAAGCAACAGAAGAUGAAGGAACUAGACCUGAUCAAGGAAAUAAAGCGCAAGGAGAUCGAGGAGAAGAUACGAAAACUGAAAGCCGUCACGGGCAACGAUGAACUCGGUUUCCGGGACGAAGAGCUCGAGGAGGACUUCGAUCCAGCGGCCCACGAUAGGCGAAUGCAGGAGCUCUUCGACGAUGAGUACUACAAUGUGGAUGAGGGCGAGGAGAAACCCGAAUGCCCUUCGGACAUCGACGAAUUGGUGCUGGAAGAUUGGGACAACUACGAUCCCAGGCAGCAUACUAAUGACGGCGGUCAAGAUUACGAUGGUCACUGCGAGGACGAGGACUUCAACAUGGACUGCGACUACGAUCCGUCCACGUCUAAGCAACAACUCCAACAAGAGCUUAUCGAAAACACGCGCGGUCGCAAAGGACGCAAGGGCAGGCGGAAUCGCUUCAUGGAGAUGAUCCAGGCGGAGAAGCCGGCAUUCAAUCCCGAGGACGAGAAGACCUACAGUGAGUACAUCGACGAGUACUAUCAAAUGGACUGCGAGGACAUCGUUGGAGAUCAGCCGUGUAGAUUUAAAUAUGUGGAAACCACACCCAAUGAUUUUGGUCUGACGAUAGAAGAGAUCUUGCUGGCCAAGAACAAGGAGCUCAACCAGUGGGCUAGCCUUAAGAAAGCUGUCCAAAACAGGCCGGAACAUGUAGAGAAAAAGGAGCAACGUCUGUACAAGAUGAAGGCCAAGAACGAAGACCUAAAGCGAAAGAUAUUCAAGAGUCUGUAUGGCGAAGGAUCUGAUGAUGAGGAUCAGCCAGCUGAAGAGACAGCAGAGACAAAACCAGAUGAAGCGCCAGCUCCAACUGAAACUUCUCAAGCCCCAACGGAAGUCUUAUCUAAAUCAAAGAGGAAACGUCUAAAGCGGAAGGCUGCCGCAUCAGCAGCAGCGAGUUCCCCACAGCUUCCAAAAGAGGAACCCAAGCCAGCGACAGAAGACAACCAGGCAGAGGAAAACAAAAAGAAGGACGAUCCGCCUACUAAGAAGAGUAAAACUGAAACUAAGAGCUCCGCACAGAAGACAGAAAAUACGAAACCCAACAAUGCCCUUGCCAAUAACAAAAAAGAGCCUAAAAAUGCAGAAAAUGGAUUCAAAAAACCACAAAAUCAAACUCCAACUAAACCUGAACAGACAAACUCCAGCAAUACUAUCAAAAAUGCGGAAGCUGCCCCUACAAAAACCGAAAAAUCAAAUGGAAAUAACCCGUUCAAUAAACAAAAUGGAAAACCCAACCCGAGACAGCAGCUGCCACCAAUUCAUAAAAACCAAGGGGACAAUAAAAAGUCACCCAAGAAUGCAACAGGUGCCAAUCCCUUCAAGAAAUCCAACCAAAAAGCCAGCGGUCCCUUCCCAGCCAAGAAAACGAAUAACUUCAAGGCGAAAAACAAAGUAAAUAAUACCACCAAUGGAAUAACCGACGAUCGAUUGAAGGCCUACGGCAUAAAUCCCAGAAAGUUCCACAAGCGGGAAAAGUAUGGCAAGAAAGAUAAGUAAAACGCCAGAUUAAAUCUAAUAGUAAUAGUAGUUAUACAUUUUGUAGUUACAUCUUAUGUACAUAUA